GAGAGAGAGAGAGAGAGAGAGAGAGAGAGAGAGAGAGAGAGAGAGAGAGAGAGAGAGAGAGAGAGAGAGAGAAAGAGAGAGAGCGAGAGCGAGAGAGAGAGAGAGAGAGAGAGAGAGAGAGAGAGAGAGAGAGAGAGAGAGAGAGAGAGAGAGAGAGAGAGAGAGAGAGAGAAUAUGUACAUGAUAUAUACCUUCUCUAGCUCGCGGAACUCAGCUGUUAGUCUCAAGAUGCGCGCGCCUUUAAGCGGGAGCUCCUCGUGCGCCGGAGAGCAGAUGAAGUCCCGCGCUUUGAGCAGCAGAAGCAGCUCGUGACCGAUCAGUUCAUCGGAGACCUUAACGGAACCGAGACCUGAACUAAAGACCGGGGGACAGGGAGGACUACAGACUGGGAGGACUAAAGACCAGGAGCACUUCAGACCGGGAGACCGGCAGGACUACAGACCGGCAGCACUAUAGACCGGGAGACCGUACAGAUCGGGAGGACUACAGACGGGAGGACUACAGACCGUCGGGGUUAACGGGAGUGGGAGAGGGGCACUGAAAUCCGGUGUCAGAUAUAAGAGUUGGAACCGAAAGUACAUUUUAUCCAUCGAUCUAGAGAUCUAUCGAUUUAGACAUUUAUCUAUCUAGAGAUCUAUCGAUAUAUUCAUUUUUCAGCCAUCGAUCUAUCUAUCUAUAUAUCUAUAUAUAUAUAUAUAUAUAUAUAUAUAUAUAUAUAUAUAUAUAUAUAUAUAUAUAUCUGGGGAUCUAUCUUGAUAUCGAGUCAUAGAGAGGAAGGUCUCGCGCUGGGAUGACGAGAUCUGACGAACGGAUCGAAGCGCGCGCUGUUCAGGGUUCCCGCGGUAUGAUCCUGUGAAGUGUAACACGUGUGGCCACUCACCCCUUCAUAGGGACAUGAUGACCUAACCCUAACAGAGAUCGGACCAGGACCACAGAGAUUGGAGCAGGACCACAGAGAUUGGAGCAGGACCACAAAGAUAGGACCAGGUCCACAGUGAUAGGACCAGGUCCACAGAGAUUGGACUUGGACCAGAGAGAUAGCAACACCGAGAUAGGACCAGGACCACGCGAUAGGACCAGGAUCACAGAGCUAGGACAACCGAGAUAGGACCCCCGAGACAGGACCAGGACCACAGAGAUAGGACCAUCGAGACAGGACCAGGACCACAGAGAUAGGACCACCGAGACAGGACCAGGACCACCGAGAUACUGGACCACCGAGACAGGACCAGGACCACAGAGAUAGGACCACCGAGACAGGACCAGGACCACAGAGAUAGGACCACCGAGACAGGACCAGGACCACAGAGAUAGGCGCACCGAGACAGGACCAGGACCAGAUUUUUCUCCUCUGGAGGUUCUGGAGACUUCAGGUCUUUUGGUUUAAAACGAGACGUUUGCUUUCUAAACUCUUUGAGGACGUGGCCGGGCGGCACAACCAUGAGGAGCUCCCGGUCCGACCAGUGGUCCGAGGCGGUGGUCCGGCCCCGGACUACGGAGUCCCGGGUGGCGGUCCACAGGCGGCUGGUGCUGGUCUUCGCCCUGUCCCUGGUCACCCUGCUCACCGUGACGGGCGUGGCUGUGCUGCUCAGCCUGCGGGCCGACGACUGCAGUGGUCCAGACGGGGAGGGGACCCGGGCCGGGGCGGGGCCGAGGGCCGAGGGGGGCCGGGGGAACGGCAGCCGGGGGGAGAGGGGGGGGGAUGAGGAGGAGCGGCCCUGGAGGCGGAGCCGGCUGCCCGGCAGUCUGCUGCCCCGGCAUUACGACCUGGACCUGCACGUCCACAUGGACAACUUCACCUUCACCGGAGAGGUCAGCAUCCGGUUGGACUGUGUCAACGCCACCAAGUACAUCGUGCUGCACGCCGACCGCCUGGAGGUGAGCUCUGUGUCAGUUUGGUCAGGAAGCUCCGCCUCCAGGUCAGCCAGCCGAGGAGUGGGUGGGGCCGCACGCGUCCUCAGACAUUUCAGCGUCCCAGCCAAUCAGAUGUAUGUGUUGGCGCUGCACCGGGAGCUGCGACCAAUGAGAACGUACCGUGUGAACAUCACAUUUCAGGCGGUCAUUGAGAACGACCUGCUUGGAUUCUACAGGAGCUCCUACCUGCAGGACCAGGAGAAACGGUACUUGGCUGUCACUCAGUUCAGUCCGGUUCAUGCCAGGAAGGCCUUUCCGUGUUUUGAUGAGCCGGUCUUCAAGGCGACCUUCUCUCUCUCUCUGCACCAUGACCCACAAUACACCUCUCUAUCCAACAUGCCCGUAGAGAGCAGCUCAUUGGCUGAGGACGGGUGGCUGACCAAUCGGUUCGCUCAAACACCGCGUAUGUCCACGUACUACCUGGCCUGGAGUGUGUGUAACUUCACCUACCGAGAGACACACACCGAGACCGGAGUGACGGUGCGCCUGUAUGCACGGCCGGAUGCUAUAGCCAGCGGCGCCGGUGACUACGCUCUUCAGAUCACCAGAAGACUGCUGGGAUUCUACCAGCAGUAUUUCAAUGUCAAGUACUCCCUGCCCAAAUUAGAUCUCCUAGCGGUCCCUAAACAUCCGUACGCCGCCAUGGAGAACUGGGGCCUCAGUAUCUUCGUGGAGCAGAAGCUCCUCUUGGAUGCGGAGGUGUCGUCCUCGUCCUAUCAGAUGGAGCUCACCAUGGUGGUCGUCCAUGAGAUCUGUCACCAGUGGUUCGGAGACCUGGUGACGCCUAUGUGGUGGGAGGAUGUUUGGCUGAAGGAAGGAUUCGCUCACUUCUUCGAAUACGUCGGAACGGAUUUCCUGUUUCCCAAGUGGAACAUGGAGAAACAGCGUUUUCUGACAGAUGUCCUUCAUGAGGUGAUGCUAUUGGACGGCCUGAGCUCCUCCCACCCCAUCUCCCAGGAAGUAACUGAGGCCACAGACAUCGAUAGAGUGUUUGACCUGAUCGCAUACAAGAAGGGGGCCGCCCUGAUCAGAAUGCUGGCCAGUGUCAUGGGACAACAGCUCUUCCAGAGGGGCCUCAACGACUACCUGACAACUCACAUGUACAGCAACGCUGCAAGGAACGACCUCUGGAACAAGCUGACUCAGGCCAUGCAGUCCGCAGGACGGGACAUUGACGUCAGGGAAAUGAUGGACAGGUGGACUCUACAAAUGGGUUACCCAGUAGUCACCAUCGUUAGGAGCCAAUCAGAUGAGAUCCUCAACAGUGACAUCAUCAUCAGUCAAGAGCACUUCCUGUAUUCACAAGAAACGGGUCAGAAAAACGAAAGUUACCAGUGGUUGAUCCCCUUAACAGUUGCCAUGGGCAACGUCACCGUUAUUUCUCAAGAAAGUCUCAUCUGGAUCAAUAACAAGACCGAGAUCCACAGACUGGGUGAGAUUGAUGAUGACAGCUGGUUGCUUGGCAACAUCGACCAGACGGGUUAUUAUCGCGUGAACUACGACCUCAACAACUGGAGACUUCUGACCCAGCAACUACAGACCGACCACCAGAUCAUUUCUGUGGGAAACAGGGCAGGGCUCAUCGAUGACGCAUUCAACUUGGCCAGGGCGGGGCUCCUCCCCCAGGACAUUCCUCUGCAGCUGAUUGGCUACCUGCCCGGUGAACACUCCUUCCUGCCCUGGCAUGCGGCCAGCAGAGUCCUCUACCAGCUGGACAGACUGCUGGACCGCACCGAGAACUACAGCGUGUUCAGCGACUAUGUGUUACAGCAGGUGUCGUCCCGGUACCACAGGAUGGGCUGGCCAAGCCCUGUAACCACAGCAACCGUAAUGCAGGCAUCCUAUCAAACGGAGGAGCUGCAGAGGGAGCUCAUCAUGCUAGCUUGCAGCUUCGGAAAUAAACAUUGUCACCGGCAGGCCGUCGCCCUGAUCUCUGACUGGAUCUCCAGCAACAAGAACAGGAUCCCCCCUAACGUCCGGGACAUGGUGUACUGCACGGGGGUGAGCCUGAUGGACGAGGACGUGUGGGAGUUCAUCUGGAUGAAGUUCCACUCCUCACGAGCCGUCUCAGAGAAGAAGGUUCUGCUGGAGGCCCUCACCUGCUCCGACAACAGCUUCCUGCUCAGCAGGUUACUGAACCUGUCACUCAGCUCAGAGCUUGUUCCAGAGCAGGACCUGAUCGAUGUCAUCAUCCACGUCGGACGCAACCCUCACGGACGCCACCUGGCCUGGAGCUUCUUCAGGGACAAGUGGACCCUUCUCAACUCACGCUAUGGGGAAGCCUUGUUUCUAAACUCUAAGCUGAUUGGAGGAGUCACAGAAUACCUGAACACUGAGGAUGAACUCAAUGAGUUGAAAGAAUUCCAUGCCAGUGAGGGGGGGGGUCCAGCGAUGUCCCGGGCGCUGGAGGUCGUCGAGGGCAACGUGAGAUGGCACCGCCUCCACCAGCGACACCUUUACCAAUGGCUGCGCAAAGCUUACGAUAAUACUGCCCACGGAUAUUAGCUCCCCUGAGCUACUGUUAGCUUACAGCUGCAGUCCAAUAAAGCAGGGAGUUGCUCCUUGAAUGUUUCAGUUGUCUGCAGCUGUCGCUAGCUAGCUAGCUCAUCAAGUUAGCAUCCCCCCAGCAGAGGUCUGCAGCUGUAGCACAAAUGCUGCUAAGAAAACAAAAAUCCAACGCUAUCCACACAGGCUAGCUGAAAGCUCAGCCAUUGCAUGGCCGGACAGCCAACCUUUAGCCCCACGGAUAUGAACUUUGACCUUUGACCUUAUUUUACUGUUCAUUCAGCUUGUCGAAUCUUUAGAGAUUCGUAAUGAAGGAGACGGGUUCUUCUCCCCUAAAGGAAGCAAGAGGUGGAGGAUUAUACUCCAGCAGAACUACUUGUUCCUGCUUCAGUAGUCGCAGAACAAACUACUCAGGACAAUGGAUGUUUUUUAGAAACCCAACAGAACAAAAUGUGGAAAUACGAGGAGAGGAUUCCACAGAGGAUCUUAACCUGAACCAACCGUAACUUAAACUUUAACCAACCUUAACCUAAACAUGAAUCAAACCUAUCCUGAGAAAGUCUCCGGCAACCAGAACACCUCCUAACCAUCUCCCUCUCUGACCUUGAUAUACAAAUCUCUUGAACACUACAGUACCAUAGGACUCGAUAUCUAACUCUAGAACACUACAAUACCAAAGGACUGGAUAUCUAGUCCUCUAGACCAUCAUAGGACUGGAUAUAUAGCCCUCUAGACUAUCAUAGGACUGGAUAUAUAGCCCUCUAGAACUCUACAGUACCAUAGGAAUGGAUAUCUAACCCUCUAGAACACUACAGUACCAUAGCAAUGGAUAUCUAGCCCUAUAGAACACUGCACUAUCAUAGAACUGGACGUCUUAGCGUGUCCUCAGUCCUCUAUAUUCAGCCAAUAAGCUGGCUCAAUCGGGGUGACCAACCUGCCCUAAUAAGGUCAGACCUUGGAGUUACUGUUCAACCCUGUAUGACAUGUGGUUACCAUGGUGAUGCUGGAAAGGUAAAUGUGCGUCGAACUGUCUCUUGAACUAUUCAUGUGACUGGGCCUACCGACUAUAAGUCUUCAGUGAACUAUAUCAUAAGGAUAUGAACCGUUGUGAUGUGAAUAGACACUCAUUUAAAAUACUUUAUGUAAAUAUAUUUACUGCCUGCAACUAAAGAGAAAUUGUGAUGUACUUUUGAUGAUGACAGUCACACACUCCCAAACAGGGGAGAUGAGGUUAUAUCGUGGUCAUCAAGACUCAAGUCCACGUAAAACCAGUGAAUCAAGGAGCUCGAAGCGGUGGUAAUCUGAGACUGCCGUGAUGACGACCCACAGCCCAGUUACACUCUAUAAACUAGACAAUGUCGACGUGUACUUGAGUAUGUAAGCCGUAUUAAACACAGUGACAAUCAUAAUAAUAUAUAAUAGUUAAUAUUAUUUUUCCUACUUGAACUAUA